AUGAAUCAUAUUCAAUCAUUAUUGUCUGUUCCAACUCUAACAAUUGAAUCAACAGUCUGUCCUAUCAAUCCGCCACAACCAAUAUCGCAAUCAUCACAACAACAGCAACAACAACAACAACAACAACAGCAGCAGGAGCAACAACAACAACAGCAGGAGCAACAACAACAACAACAGCAGGAGCAACAACAACAACAACAACAACAACAACAACAACAACAGGUGGUACAGCAACAACAUCAAUCGGUAAUAAUGAAUUCAUCACGAGCAGUCGGCGAGCCAUCAUUUUCGUCAUUUACAUCCGUUACUGAUCUACAUGGUAUCACGGAAUGUUGUGCAUCAAAUAAAUACGGUGAACAGAUAAUACAGUAG